AUACAAUCAAAAAUAUCGACAUAUACAGUGAAUUUCCUCUUAGCGGACAGCUCUCAAAACUGGACAUGUCCUAUUAAUGGACAGUAUUUUUUGUCACGAGAUUUUAAAGAACAAUUUCCUAUAAAAUAAAUUCUCAUUAGCGGACGCUCUGUCGGACAGACAAGGACAAAAAUUUUCAACCCCAAAACGCGCAAAAAUGACCGUUACGUUACUCUAGGAAAAAAUCAUGCCACUAAGUAACUACGUAUGUAUUGUUUUAGUACCGUCUUGUAAUUGAAGCAGGUGACAUGGCGCCCGUUAGAAACUUUUUAACGCUGAGGCAAAAAAAUGGAGGUUGUAAAUAUUGCAGAACAGGAAAGUUUAAAUGGCCGUAAACUGGGAGAAAGGUUUAAUAUAAGUAAAAGUCAAGCGGCGGAGAUGGUAAAAAAUAAAGAAAUUAUUCGAAGACAAUGGCAAUCGGGAGAAAAUUUAGAUCAGAAAUCAGCAAAAUUGAAAGGUGAAGCUGCCCAAAUAGAUCGAGUUUGUUUUGAGUGGUUUGCCCGCGCAAGAAAUCAAAAAAUUCCCAUCUCAGGGCCCCUAAUAAAAACGAAGGCGAAAGAAGUAGCAAUUGAAUUGGGGCAUCGCAAUUUCAGCGCAUCUGAUGGUUGGCUGAAUAAGUGGAGAAGAAGGCAUUAUAUAAGCUUUAAGUCCAUCUCAGGGGAGUCGGCAGAUGUAAACCAAGAAGAUGUGAAUCAGUUCUUAGAAAGGCUACCAGGAAUGUUGCAAGGAUAUAGGCCAAAGGACAUCUAUAACGUAGAUGAGAGCGGUUUAUUUUUUAGAGCUUUGCCAGAUAAAACUUUAAUGCUUAAAGGUGAGAAGUGCACAGGAGGCAAAAUGUCAAAAGAACGAUUAACCAUACUAUUUUGCGCCAAUAUGGCUGGUGACAAAGAAAAGCUUUUGGUUAUUGGAAAAGCUGCGCGCCCACGAGCCUUAAAAAAUUUACCACUUAAGAGUUUGCCGGCUACAUGGACAUCAAAUAAAAAAGUUUGGAUGACAAGAAUUAUCAUGACAAACUGGCUUUUGGACAUCGAUAAAGAAUAAGAGUGGGUUGUCAAAAACGAAAAAUUUUACUUUUUCUUGAUAAUGCCGGUUCACACCCAAGAGAAGUUAACCUUAAAAAUAUUAAAAUACUUUUUUUACCUCCCAACACAACUUCUGUAUGUCAGCCCAUGGACCAAGGUAUAAUACAAAAUUUUAAAUUAUUUUAUAGAAGCCAGAUUUUAAAGCACAUCCUAUCAAAAAUGGAUGAUGUAUCGUCUGCUUUAGAUUUAUCAAAAUCGAUUAACAUUUUGGAGGCAUUAUAUUUUAUGAAGAACGCCUGGAAUAGCUUUCCAAAAAUCACCUCAAGGAGAUACUCGAGCAGAAGACUAUGAUCCAAAACAUGACUUACCUUUGGCAACUUUAGCGGAAUUCUGGAAAAACUGUCAGGAAGUUGGCCAAAUUUCUAAGGCAUUAGAUACUGACUUUAUUAUAUUGGACCAAGAACUUCAUACGGAGAAAACAUUUGAAGGAGGUCUAGAAACCAUUGCUGAUGAGGUACAAAAUACAAUUUUGCUGGAAAGUGAUAGUGAAGAAAAGGAAGAAGAGGAAGAAAGGGAAGAAGCUUUGAGUACUGUGAAUUCUUAUUAAAAUGUGUUGAUGAUCUAAAAAAAAUUACAAAAAAUGAUUUUGUCGCUUUUGAACACCUUAAAAAUAUCGAAUCGCAUUUUCAAACCUGAUGCCUUUUUCAGGAAAAAAUGAAAAGGAAGAAGCAGGCAAAAAUAUCUGACUUAUUUAAGGUAUAAGAUCUGAAAUUUGCAACAAAUUUUUAAGGAUCUUAAAUUUCAGUUUUCUUUUUCUGGUAUUUAAGGUAGCAAUGUACAGGGUGUUUCAAAUUCGUGCCACAUCAUUGGGAUUUCGGAAACGGUAAGAGAUACAGGGUCGGUUAAAUUGGGGCAAAGUUGCGUAUUCUUAUGCUUAACAAAAUGCCGUUUUAAAAUUUAAAAAAUUCCGACUACGUACGAAGUUAUUCGGAAAAUACCGAAAUUUUGGAAAAUCGUUUUUAUUUUUUUGUGAGGUUAUUUGAAAACAUAUUUUAAAAUAAUUGACACUUUAUUAUUGUCACUUUUUCUCCUCUACCAGAUGGCGUCGUCAAAUUU